GUAGUCAGCUGAUUUAAGCAUAUGAUCCCGUAGGACGGAAAAAGAAACAUUUCACCCGUUCCGUUUGUUAUUUCAACGAAUAUAAGCAAAAAGACAAAAUGUCUGGACGGGGGAAACUGAUCGCCGUUAUAGGGGAUGAAGACACGUGUACCGGAUUCCUCCUCGGAGGGGUCGGAGAGCUGAACAAAAACCGAAAACCCAAUUUCUUGGUGGUGGAAAAGGAAACUAGCAUCGCAGAGAUAGAGGAGACCUUCAAGAGUUUCCUGGCUCGCAGUGACAUUGGCAUCAUCCUCAUCAACCAGUUCAUCGCAGAGAUGAUUCGUCACGCUAUAGAUGCCCACAUGGAGUCGAUCCCGGCCGUCCUGGAGAUUCCUUCAAAAGAGCAUCCGUAUGACGCCUCCAAAGACUCCAUCCUGCGGCGGGCCAAGGGCAUGUUUUCAGCAGAAGACUUCCGAUAAGCCGAUACCCCCGUGGGGGCAUGGUCUGACUUGGGCAGACGUGAGAAGAAACAAGUUUUACUUCUUGAUCUCAUCCAUACUGCUGAAGCUGGAACCCUUAUUACAAAGAUUAAAUAAUGAUGUGUUGUUAA